AUGGAAAUCAACCAAACAAUCCUGAAGGAAUUCAUUCUCAUAGGCUUCUCUGCUUACCCACAUGUUCAGACCUUCCUCUUUGUGGUCUUCUUUUGCCUCUAUAUUCUCACUCUUGCAGGCAACCUGGCCAUCAUGGGCUUGACUUGGUUAGACAGAUCUCUCCAUACCCCUAUGUACCUCUUCCUCAGUGCACUCUCCUUCUCUGAGACCUGCUAUACCCUGACUAUCAUCCCCAAGAUGCUGGUGGAUCUCCUGGACAAGGACAGAUGCAUUUCAGUCACAGGCUGUGGCUUGCAGAUGUGCUUCUUCCUGGGCCUUGGUGGAACAAACUGCAUCAUUCUCACCUUGAUGGGGUAUGACCGCUUCCUGGCCAUCUGUAACCCCCUCAGAUAUCCUCUUCUUAUGACCAAUGUUGCAUGUGGACAACUUGUGGCCUCUGCUUGGGCUGGAGGAUUCUUCAUUUCUCUAAUAGAGACUGCACUGAUAUUCAGGGUGUCUUUCUGCACACCCAACCUCAUCAAACACUUCUUCCGCAACAUGAGGGCAGUUGUGAGACUGUCCUGCAUAGAUAGUGACCUCAGAGAAUUCACUGUAACACUAAUGUCAAUGUUUGGCUUAGUAGGUACAUUCUUGCUCAUCUUCUUGACUUACACGUUCAUCCUUUCUUCUGUCCUCAAGAUCCCUUCAGCUGAGGGUAAGCAAAAGGCAUUUUCCACCUGUGCCUCACACCUCACUGUGGUCAUCAUCCACUUUGGGUUUGCCUCUAUUGUUUAUCUGAAGCCAGAAGCCUCGGGAGGAGAUGACACACUCAUAGCAGUUCCUUAUACCGUCAUUACCCCUUUCCUCAGUCCCAUCAUAUUCAGCCUCAGGAAUAAGGAUAUGAAGAACGCUUUUAGAAAGGUCAUGAGAAAGACAGUAGUAUUGAAAACUAACCUUGGGCUAUUGUUUCUGGUUUAG